AUGCAGCAGAAAGUAGCCCUGGAAAGGGACUACGUGUGGGUAGCAAAUUCUGAGAGCUGGAUGGACGAACGGCCUGACAUGCUUGAUCGGCUGUUUAACUACCUCGAGCGUGAAUACUUUGCGUUCUUGUUGAGCAGAUGCCGGGACCAACCAGUCACGGCUGCAGGGCGCAGCGGUGGGAUUCCUGGCGCCUGGCAGUGCAACGGCGCGGAUCCUUCGCGCGCGUCGACUUCGGC